UGUGUGUAUCAGGGCUCAGGAUUGCAUUAACAGCUUUGCUUGUAUAAAAAUACUGAAUUCCUUGUUUCUUGGCCUCGACAUUGAGGUCCUCGUUAAGUUGCGGCCACUGCUCUUCUUGAUUUGUUGCUUCUAAUUGUUAGAAUCCUAGAGGAAAAAAAUGGAGUCGCUUAAAGAAAAAAUGGUGAAUCAUCCGUUGUUAGAUUCAAAAGAACUAUCUCCACCGCCAGUGGAGGCCGGGGAGCAGGUUAGCUCUGAGCUUGAAGAUAUCCUAUCCGACGCCAGCUUGUCGUGUUGGCGCCGCUUUAGGAAAGCCGUUUUGGUCGAGUUGAGGACUCUCUACAUCCUUGCAGCUCCUGCGGUUAUAGUAUACUUGCUCAAUAAUAUUAUUUCAAUGUCCACUCAGAUCUUCUGUGGCCAUCUCGGCAAUCUUGAACUUGCUGCCACUUCUCUUGGCAACAAUGGUGUUCAACUUCUAGCCUAUGGAAUCAUGCUAGGAAUGGGAAGUGCAGUAGAAACGUUGGCUGGGCAGGCGUAUGGAGCUCACAGAUACGAGAUGCUUGGGAUUUACAUGCAAAGAUCAACAAUCCUCCUUGUACUUUCUGGGUUACCAUUGAUGGUAAUUUAUCUAUUCUCCAAGCCAAUUCUGAUGUUGCUAGGUGAAUCAAAAAGCCUUGCAUCUGCAGCAGCUUUGUUCAUCUAUGGCCUUAUACCUCAGAUUUUCGCGUACGCUGCAAAUUUUCCCAUACAAAAGUUCCUGCAGGCACAAAGUAUAGUGAAUCCCAGUGCUUAUAUAUCUGCAGCAGCACUGGUACUGCAUGUUUUCUUGACAUGGCUGGCUUUGUUCGUGUUGGGUUGGGGAUUGUUGGGUGCAGGAUUGGUGUUGAGUUUUUCUUGGUGGAUCAUAGUGGCAGGACAAUUUAUAUAUAUUUUAUUUAGUGAUAAAUGCAAACUUACAUGGACUGGAUUCGAUUGGAUGGCGUUUUCUGGGCUGUGGGAUUUUUUCAAACUAUCUUCUGCCUCUGCUGUGAUGUUGUGCCUUGAGACUUGGUAUUUUCAGAUUUUGGUUCUCAUUGCUGGGUUGCUUCCCCAUCCUGAACUGGUAUUAGACUCCAUAUCCAUUUGUGUAACAAUCGUUGGAUGGGUAUACAUGGUUGCCGUUGGGUUCAAUGCUGCUGCAAGUGUGCGGGUUAGCAAUGAGCUUGGAGCUGGACAUCCAAAGUCAGCUGCAUUUUCUGUUGUGGUUGUGACAGUGAGCUGCUUAAUAAUAUCAGUGAUUUUUGCCGUUGUGUCACUUGCGCUUCGCCAUCAAUUAAGUUACAUCUUCACCGGCGGAAAAGCUGUCUCUGAUGCUGUCUCAGACCUUACACCACUUAUGGCCGUCUCCAUUAUUCUUAAUGGCGUUCAACCUGUUUUGUCCGGUGUUGCUGUCGGGUGUGGAUGGCAAGCAUUUGUUGCUUAUAUAAAUGUUGGGUGUUAUUACAUGGUUGGCAUUCCAGUGGGCGCAGUUCUUGGCUUUGUAUUCCACUUUGGAGCAAAGGGAAUAUGGUUAGGCAUGCUGGGAGGCACAGUCCUGCAGACCAUAAUCUUAUUAUGGGUCACGAUUCGGACUGACUGGAAAAAGGAGGUGCAGAACGCGCAGCGUCGGUUACAAAAAUGGGAAGACUCGAAAGAACAAAGUCGCCUGAAUAAUUAGUUAGCUAUCACAUUUUGCCUCCAAUAACUAUUGCCAUUUAUAAUAAGGUGAUAAAAACCAUGUCUAUUUAAAUUAUUUGAUAUACUUCCUUACUUAAAAGGAAGCUUUAGUUUAUUUUGGAUUUGAUUUCUACUUAGUCUUCUAAGACUUUGUUGCUUGUUAAUUACUUAUUUUAGUUAACAAGUAGAUAAAAUCAAAAUCGAAUAGAAAUGAUUGGAUGUGUUUCUUCAUCAAAGCUAUAAUAAGUAGAUUAUGUCUUCGUGGAA